AAGCUAGGUAUUUUGUAGCUUUUCAGAAAAAAGGCCUGGUCUAUCUGAGCAGUGAUUAAAUGGCUACCAGGAAGGAGGGGAAUUGGCUCCAUGGAGGCCCAUGUGCUGUUCCCAGCCCCACCCCAGGCCUUCAGGGGACAGGAGUUAACGCUAGGGUGGAUGUGCAUCCAGGAAGCAGGACGUCAAUGCUUCUGGGAAAGCUGAUCCUUUAUAGCGCGUUGUUUAGCGGGGGCUCUGUCUUGGUGUAUUACCUUAUACAAAAAACUUUUUCCAGGGCUUCAUAUUACCAGCUGGCAUUGGAGCAACUGCAUGGCCAUCCUGAAGCACGGGAAGCUCUGGGGACGCCUCUCAAUGUUCACCAUCUCCAGCUCAUGGACAAGUACAACUUCGUGGACAUUGCUGAUGCCAAGUUGAAGAUUCCUGUCUCUGGAUCUAAGUCAGAGGGCUAUCUCUAUGUCAGUUCCUCCAGAGCUGCUCCCUUUCAGAGGUGGCACCUGAACGAGGUCUUCUUAGAGCUCAAGGAUGGUCAGAAGGUUCCUGUGUUCAAGCUUAGAGGGGAGAAUGAUGAUGAAGUAAAAAAGGACUAGAGGUGAUCAAAAGACCCAGCUUGCUUCCAGAGUGCCCUUCCCUUUUCUGCACUGUGUGCCCACGCAGGGUGACAGCGCAUCUGAGUGACAGACACUUCUGCCGCCAGUUUUCCGGCCACCAGUGGGAUGCUUGUAUGUGCUGGCAUAUGGUUACUUUUGGUAUAAUUCUAACUCGAACACAAUGAACACUGUUGUGGUUUUUAAAUUGAAUCAGAAACUUCAAGCUUAUAAGAAUUUAUUUGAAAGUACUGUGUAUAAAAAAGCAAAGCAUGGGAUAAAAGGAAUCAGAAUUAAUAAAAUGUUUGUUGAUUUUU